AUGUCCAAGACUCUCAAGGUGGCCGCUAUCCAAGCCGAACCCGUCUGGCAAGACCUUCAAGGUGGUGUCAAGAAAUCCAUCCGCCUCAUUCAAGAUGCCGCAAGCAACGGUGCCAACGUAAUUGGGUUCCCCGAAGUAUUCAUUCCAGGUUAUCCAUGGAGCAUUUGGGCCAAUUCGCCUGUCGAAAACGCGGCUUGGGUCAACGAGUACUUCAAGAACUCCCUUGAGAGGGAGUCUCCCGAGAUGGACCAGAUCCGAGCGGCUGUCCGUGAGGCAGGUGUUUUUGUUGUCUUGGGAUAUAGUGAGAGAUACAAGGGUACUCUUUACAUUGCUCAGUCUUUCAUUGACGAAACCGGUACCAUUGUCCUCCACCGUCGAAAGAUCAAGCCGACGCACGUUGAACGCGCCAUUUACGGUGACGGACAAGGCGAAUCCCUGAACAAUGUGUAUCCUUCCAAGUUCGGCAAGGUAGCAGGCCUCAACUGCUGGGAACACACCCAGGCACUUCUUCGCUACUACGAAUACUCUCAAGACGUCGACAUCCACGUCUCUAGCUGGCCAUCCAUCUUUCCAGAGAACAACGAAGACUGGCCUUACCAUAUCACACCCGAAUGCUGCAAAGCCUUCUCCCACAUUGUAUCUAUGGAAGGCGCCUGCUUCGUCAUCUUGUCUAGUCAGAUCUUGACUGAGGAGAACCACGAGAAAGCUAAUGUCAAAGGCUUUGACUACACCAAGAAGAACGGCGGCGGGUUCACCAUGAUUUUCUCACCUUUUGGAAAGGAACUUGUGAAGGCUUUGGACCCGGGUGUAGAGGGGAUUUUGUACGCUGAUAUCAAUUUGGAGGAGAAGUACAAGGCGAAGCAGAACUUGGACAUUGUGGGGCAUUACUCACGACCUGAUCAGCUGAGCCUCAGAGUCAACCGCCAUCCUGCGAAGCCUGUUUUCUUCGCCAACGACCUUUGA